AUGUUCUUCCGUCACCGUCGAUCAGGAAGCUACACCAUCGUUGUCAUCUUCUUCUUGCUCAGGAAGGGACGAACUGUGGGCAGUCGCGUUCUCUUCUUCUCUUCUGCAAUCUGCAGUUCUGCUCUGUUCAGUACUUCACAGUGUUCAACUGUUCAUCCGUCACCGUCGAGCUCCACCUCUCCAACGGUCAACAGCAGCUCGUCUUCAGUCUUCACCAACACCAGCCUGUCGGUUGAGAUGUCAUCAUCUGGGUCUUGUCAACAAUCUGCUUCCAUGGAUGUUUCACAAACUUUUCGAGGAAGAAAUGAUAUAGCAUGGGCACAUGUUAAUGAGGGCGUGGAUGAAAAUGGGAAGAAGAUAUUAACAUGUCUUUAUUGUGGCAAGAUAAUUAGAGGUGGAGGAAUUUAUCGAGUGAAAUUGCAUCUAGCGGGUAUAAAGGGAGAAGUUGGAAAGUGCCCUAAAGUUCCUUUCGAUGUUAAAUUCAAGAUUGAAGAAGCACUAAAUGAAAUUGGGGCCAAGAAUAAACAAAAAGUUGAAUUUCGUAAGAAUGUCAAUCCUUAUGGAGCUAGUGUACAACAAGAAGAGGGUGGUAUGUUAGAUGAAGAUCAAGAGUGUGAAGAGGUUUCUCCAUGUCCAGCUCCAACUCCAACUCCAACUUCAAUUUCAAGCUCUAAGAGAAAAAAAUCUAUUGGGAUAGGUGACUAUUUUGCUCCGAGGACUAAGGCUGGGUCUCAGCCCUCAAUUAGGAGUGUUUUAGCCGGAAAAGAAGCUAAGUGGAGAGCGGACAUGGCUGUUGCAAGGUUAUUUUAUGAUUCUUGCAUUCCAACUAAUGUUAUUAAUUCAAUUUAUUUUCAACCUAUGGCGGAUGCUAUAGCUGCAAUUGGUCCUGGGUAUAAAAUCCCAACUUAUCAUGAUUUGCGUGUAAAUUUAUUGAGAGAUGCAAGGAAAGAAGUGCAAUUACUUGUUGAUAGUUACAAGAAAACUUGGGAGGAUGUUGGAUGUACUUUAAUGGCUGAUGGUUGGACGGAUAAUUCACAUAGGUCGUUGAUUAAUUUCCUAGUAUACUGUCCUAAAGGAGUGUGUUUUGUGAAAUCAGUGGAUGCUUCAGAUGUUGUAAAGGAUGCUACAACAUUGUGUAGCUUGUUUGAGGAAAUAGCUUUAUGGGUUGGACCAAACAAUAUUGUCCAUCUUGUCACUGACAAUGGAGCAAAUUAUAAAGCGGCUGGAAAGUUGUUGACUGACAAAUAUAGCAGUAUUACUUGGUCUCCUUGUGCAGCACAUUGCAUUAAUUUGACGUUGAAAGACAUAGCUGAGAUGAGUCAUAUAGUCAACCUUUCGACACGUGCAUCCGAGGUUACAAAGUUUGUGUAUAAUCAUUCAUUUGUGCUAGCUUUGCUGAGGAAAAAACAGGGUUGGACAGAAAUUAUACGCCCAGGUGCAACCCGUUUUGCCACUACUUUCAUUGCAUUAAGUAGUCUACAUCAGCAUAAACAUGACUUGCAAUCUACAGUGACAGAUAGAACUUUUGUGGAGUCUCGAUAUGCAAAAACUAAUAAAGGCAAAGCCUUUAUUUCCAUAGUUCUAGAUAACCGGUUCUGGGAUGACAUUGGUAUAAUUUCCAAAGUUGUGAGUCCAUUGAUGCGUAUGCUCCGGAUUGUAGACUCAGAUGAGAGGCCUUCAAUAGGAUAUGUGUAUGAUGGCAUGUAUAGAACGAGGAUGGGGAUCAAGAAGCUGUUUAAGAACAAGAAAAGUUUGUACAAGCCUUAUACAACAAUUAUUAAGAUGCGUUGGGAUAGGAUGUUGCGCCGUGAUAUUCAUGCAGCAGCAUAUUAUUUGAAUCCUGCUUUCAAAUAUGACGAAGAUACUUUUUCCAAAAAACCUGAGGUCAUGUAUGUUGAUGAGGAAGAGGAGGUUGGUGAGCUUAAUUAUGAAGAAUUAGAACAAUCAUUAUAUGGAGAAGGAGCUAUUCCUAUAGAUGAUGGUGAAUCUGGUGAUCACCUUUCUUAUUAUGACUCAGCAAAUGCUUCAGAAGAUGAUGUUGCCGAUGAUAAUAAUGAUGACGAUCCUCUACCAGGUGGUGGUGUGUGA